GUAGUUUGGCCAAGAAGAAAUGGUCCGUUCUCGUCCUUAAUUAUUCAUAGCCUGGUCUUCCUUAAGCAGGAAGGUUUAGAUCAGCUGGAUGGGAGAAUUAUCCGUCUAAAUUGAGAGAUUAUAUCUUGAUAAAAGUCACCAAAGGACAAGAGGGACCAACGCAAAGAAUUGAGGCGCACUCACGAAAAUUAUAUUUUUUCGACAAGUCUCUCUAAAACAGUGCGAUAUGGCAGUUUUUCAUAAAAUUCUGCCGUUAAUUGCUGGAUUAUGGUGCUUGAUGGCUGUGACGGCAGAAAAGAAAGAGGCUCCAAAACCCGCCCCAUGUUACGAGGCACUAGGCGUACAAACAGGAGGUCUAGACGACGGGGAUAUCACAGCAUCAAGUAAACUAGCUAACUUCACCGCAACAGACUCUUGGUGUUCCCAAGAAAACGAUGAAAACCAGUAUCUGCAAAUAGAUUUAGGCGAGAAAACAAAGUUAACCAGAAUAGCUACUCAGGGUGCUUUAGAGCAGCCUGGCAAGCAUGUCAAGACAUUUGCUGUCCUCUACAGCAUGGAUGGGAAGAAAUUCCAAACAUAUGGUGCUAAUGGAACCGAAAAGAUCUUCGACGGCAAUGUAGAUUCCUUUACUGUUCACCACAACAACCUCAAGAGUCCGAUUGUUGCGCGUUACGUACGAAUUAAUCCGCGAUCAUGGGAAAAAGGCAUUUGUAUGAGAGUGGAGCUGUAUGGAUGUGAUCCAUAAAUACCAUUCAAGGAACAAACGUAAGACAAACAGGACCUGGAUACAAAUGGAAACCGUAUAUACAUUCAUUUGGAAGUAUUGCGCAGAUUUGAGCAAUUAUAGUUGUAUAAAAUAUAAAUGAAACGCAUUGAUAAAUGCUACGACUGGGACGAUAUUAUUGGAUUCCAAUUACCAACAGUGAUAAAAGAGCUACUUUAAUAUUUUUGUGCAUUUCAAGUUGUAGCUAGAUCAGUUCAUUUUCUAUGGAGUAUUAUCGUUCAUGAUCGCUGUAUAUAACAUUAGAUAGUAUAGACAAAUGGUACAUCUUUAUUAUGUCUUUUGAAUAAAGUGGCUGUUGCCCGUUCUAAGCAACAAUAAAGGUGUAAUUUUUAGCAUUAAUAAAGUUGUUUUAUAAA